AACACUGCAUUACACAUGUUGUAAUCGAAAUUAACUGAUUUUAUUUAACUGAAGUCUAAUAAACGCUGUAGUUUUGUUGUAUAGAUAGAUGUUAAAGUAGGUCCUGAUAGCAAAGAUAAAUAAAGAUAGACUGGAAGAAUUUAAUCUAUUUAGAACAAUUCAGAAAUCACAUGGCUGGCCUUGAAAAUGAGAACGUGCAAAUGAUAAGUACGAAAAUUCAAAUAACUAGUGAAAACCCCUCACCACAACGCACCGACACCGAGUAUGAUUCAACUUCAACAAGAGUGCAACCAUUCGAUAUAGAAUCACAAUCUCAUAUCGAUUUUGCACCAGUUAAUAAUCAGAAUCAGAACAACUGUGAUAGCUUAGCCGCGAAAGAAAUGAGUGCAACGAAAGAACAACAAAGUAAAUUGGGGGGAGCCGAUAAAGAGAAAAAACACAAGAAAGGCCCUCGACCUCCGCCUCCCCCUGGAUUAAAAGAUGAUCUAACAACAAUUGCACAUGUUUCUGUGGUGAUUUUCGUAGGGCUUAUUUUGUAUUUAUGUUUUGCACGGCCGUUUGAAUUCUUCACGUGGCAUCCUUUGUUGAUGUCUGUAGGGUGGAUGCUUAUAAUGAUAGAAGGCGUCCUCUUCAUAUCCAAAGAAAAUCCGAUAGGAAGAAGACUAAACUUGGGCCGCCUUUUAAAAGUUCGUUACCAUUGGAUAGCUUUAACAAUUAGUUCUAUUUUAGUUACGAUCGGUUUCGUAAUAGUAGUUAUAAGCAAAAACAACCACGGCAAGGAACAUUUUAAAUCCUUACAUGCGAUUUUCGGUCUCAUAGGUUUAUUAGGGUGUAUACCUGCCUUAAUAAAUGGUACUGUAGCUUUGUUUGAUGUCGAACUAAAGCGCUACAUCAAGCCAGCUUUAAAUACAGCUAUACACGUAGCAAGUGGCAGCGUAGUGGUCAUUUUUGGAGGAUUGUCUCUAAUUUUGAGCGUUUAUACGAAUUGGUUUAAGAGGAAUUCAGAUAAUAAUAAGUAUCUGUUUCUGUUAGGUUUAGUUACUUCUAUUUAUAUAUUAGUGUGGGUCGUACAAAGACCUAUGCGAAAAACGUUGAGAAAGUUUUUUAAAUUUGAAAAUAUAUGAUAAUUUAACUCUAAAGUAUUACAACGAAAUUGUCUAAACUGAAAGAAUGAUACUCCGUUCCUAUUGUACAAAUAAAUAUUUUUUUACUUGU